CACUGUAUGUCCAGCUAGUAGUGAUGUCCCACCCUGUGAUGCACAGAUAACGCGGGAGAUGGAACAACCAACAUGCAGCCUUGGGGGUUGGUGUGUACAUUGGUUGUGGGUUCCCAAGCCUAGCCAAAGUCUAAGUUGCAGUCAGUUAUUUGCAGGUCUUGACCACCCUGGGGUUCUAUAGUUGGAGGGUUGGGGGCAGGCUGGUAAGGAAAAAGUCAUUUGUCCUUAACCUUACAAGGACAAGCAACCGGCAGACAAUCGUGGCCAUAAAGGGAGCCCCCGCCCCCCGCUUGGAGGAGAGGCUGGCUGGCGUGGAGGCGGACCAGACGCCAGACCGCAUCCCAGCCUGCCCGCACAUGCGCCUGCGGUAUUGCGUCGCGCUGCUCCUACGCCGCUUCCGGCGGGGAUGUAAACGCGACUCGGAACUGGCGGGGAGACGGGCAGUCGCAGGAGAGGGUGGGGCAGCUGGCGGAGCGGAGGCUGGGGCGGCAAGGUAACCAUCCGCUCAGGGCGCCGCCGCCUUCUCUUUCCCAGGGUGGGCUGGUACUGGCCGCGCGCCUCCCGCUGCGGCCCAGGCGUGGCCGGUUAGGUACGAGCCUGUGACCCAGGCCAGGGAGAGCUAUGCUUUCCAGCCUGUAAGCGUCCUGCUUUCCCUCGAGAUCCCUACCAACUGUGCCACGCCAUGCCCCUCAGCCUCUUCCGGCGCCUUCUCCUCGCUGCCCUGCUGGUGGUGAUCGUCUGGACCCUCUUCGGGCCCUCGGGGAUUGGGGAAGAGCUGCUGAGCCUCUCGCUAGCCUCCCUGCUGCCAGCCCCAGCCUCACCAGGGCCGCCCCUGGCCCUGCCGCGCCUCUUGAUCCCCAACCAGGAGGCCUGCAGUGGUCCCGGCGCUCCUCCUUUCCUGCUAAUUCUGGUGUGCACGGCCCCGGAGAACCUGAACCAGAGAAACGCCAUUCGAGCCUCCUGGGGUGGGCUGCAUGAGGCCCGGGGGCUCAGGGUGCAGACGCUCUUCCUGCUGGGAGAGCCCAACAGGCAGCACCCUAGCUGGGGCUCCCACAGGAACGACCUGGCGAGGGAGUCAGCUGCCCAAGGGGACAUCUUGCAGGCAGCCUUCCAGGACUCCUACCGAAACCUCACCCUCAAGACCCUCAGUGGGCUGAACUGGGCUGACAAACACUGCCCCAUGGCCCGCUACAUCCUCAAGACGGAUGAUGAUGUGUUUGUCAACGUUCGGGAACUGGUGUCAGAGCUGGUCCUGCGAGGAGGCCGCUGGGAGCAAUGGGAGAGGGGCACAGAGCCCCAGACACAGGCUGUGGUUGGAGAUGAACAGCUGCAAGGAGGCCAGGCCUUGCACAGCAAGGCAGUGCCUCUUCUGUACCUGGGCCGGGUACACUGGCGGGCAAACCCCUCUCGGACGCCAGGGGGGCGGCACCAGGUGUCAGAGGAGCAGUGGCCUCCAACCUGGGGCCCUUUUCCCCCCUAUGCCUCGGGCACAGGGUAUGUGCUGUCGGCUUCUGCUGUGCAGCUCAUUUUGAAGGUGGCCAGCGGGGCACCCCCUCUGCCACUAGAAGAUGUCUUUGUGGGGGUAAGUGCCCGACGAGGAGGACUCGCCCCAACCCACUGUGUCAAGCUGGCUGGCGCCACCCAUUAUCCCCUGGACCGGUGCUGCUAUGGGAAGUUCCUGCUGACAUCCCACAAGUUGGACCCCUGGAAGAUGCAAGAAGCCUGGAAGCUGGUGGGUGGCUCUGCUGGAGAAAGGACUACGCCAUUCUGUUCCUGGCUCCAGGGAGCCCUGGGCAUCCUGCGGUGCCGAGUAAUGGCCUGGCUUCACAGCUGAGAGUACCUGCGGCCAAGGAGAGGUAUGAGGAGCUGACAGUCCAGCAGCAGCCCUGGGACCUUCUCUUCUCACAGGGCCCAAGACAGGGGCCCUACCUGGUUG